UAAUUAUAAUCGAAUAUAUCCACCAUGCCAUCUCAAGAAUUCACUGAAAAAGCUGAAGCUGUUCAAAACUUAACCACCCGUCCAAACGAUGAUGAAUUAUUAAGUUUAUACGGAUUAUACAAACAAGCCACUGUUGGAGAUAAUACUACUACCAAACCAGGUAUUUUUGAUUUAAAAGGUAGAUAUAAAUGGCAAGCAUGGAAAGAUUUAGAAGGUACUAGUCAAGAAGAUGCUGAAACUCAAUAUAUCGAAUUAGCCACUUCAUUAAUUGAAAAAUAUAAUUAGAUUAUUUAUUUAUUUAAUUAGAUAUGAAAAAAUAUAUAUACAAAGUUUAUGAUUUUAAC